GGGCUGGGUUGGCUGGGGGGGGUCGAAGUGUUCCGUGGGUCUGUGAAAGGGGUCGGGAGCUGGCCCUCCUAGCCCCCUUAUCUGAGAGGCCGCGAAGUUUCAGCUUGAGAUCCCGCGAAGACGAGAAAUCUCGCGAGAAACGCGAUUGCAGCUCGCUCCGUGGAGGGGCGGUUCGGCGCAAGGGCGUUUUCGUUCCUCUUUGCGCUGUUUCGUGUGCUUCUGCGGCUUUCAUGCUGGGUGGCAGGUUUCUCCUUUGUGCGUCAUCCUCUACCUGAGAAAUGGUCGCUUCCCCCUAGUCUAGACACGCUUUAAAGAGCAGUAGUAAAAGUCAAUUUGCAAGCACUGGGAUAAGACUUUUUUAUAGGAAUAUCGUGCAGCAUGGAUUCUCUACCAGAAGAAUUUUUUGUGAGGGACCCCGUUGUGCAGGAGCAGUCAAAGGAGGAAACUGAGAGUGAGGUAGAAAAAUCAAGUGGCCAACUGGACAAACAGGAGAAGGGCAUACCUACUGAUCUCGUCCCUGUUAACCUAUUAUUAGAAGUGAAGAAGUUAUUAAAUGCAAUUAAUACUCUACCGAAAGGUGUGGUUCCUCAUGUUAAGAAGUUCUUACAAGAAGAUUUUUCCUUUCAAACUAUGCAGAGAGAAGUUGCAGCUAACAGCCAAAAUGGGGAGGAAAUUGUUCCUGCUUUGACUUUACGUUUCUUGAUAACACAACUGGAAGCAGCACUUAGGAACAUUCAAGCUACUAAUUAUACUGCACACCAGAUUAAUAUUGGUUACUAUUUGACAUUACUGUUUUUAUAUGGAGUAGCACUCACUGAAAGAGGAAAGAAAGAGGAUUAUACAGAAGCUGAGAAUAAGUUUCUGGUGAUGAAGAUGGUGAUCCAAGAAAAUGAAAUUUGUGAAAACUUUAUGUCUUUAGUUUACUUUGGACGUGGUUUACUUCGAUGUGCUCAGAAGAGAUAUAAUGGAGGACUGUUAGAAUUUCAUAAAAGCUUACAAGAAAUAGGAGAUACAAAUGAUCAUUGGUUUGACCUAGAUCCUACAGAAGAUGAAGAUUUACCUACAACUUUUAAAGAUCUUCUUAAUAAUUUUAUCAAGACAACUGAAAGUAAUAUAAUGAAGCAGACCAUUUGUAGUUAUUUAGAUUGUGAGAGAUCUUGUGAAGCUGACAUUUUAAAGAAUACCAAUUAUAAGGGAUUUUUUCAGUUAAUGUGCAGUAAAAGUUGCUGUAUUUAUUUCCAUAAAAUUUGUUGGAAAAAAUUCAAGAAUUUAAAAUAUCCAGGUGAAAAUGAUCAGAGUUUUAGUGGAAAAAAAUGUUUGAAGGAAGGAUGUGCAGGUGACAUGGUAAGGAUGCUGCAAUGUGAUGUACCUGGAAUUGUUAAAAUCUUGUUUGAAGUUGUGAGAAAGGAUGAAUAUAUAACCAUUGAAAAUUUAGGAGCAAGUUAUAAAAAAUUGAUGUCUCUGAAAAUAACUGAUUCUGCUGAUGUAAGACCAAAGAUCAGUUUAAAAUUUAACACAAAAGAUGAAAUGCCUAUCUUUAAACUUGAUUACAACUAUUUCUAUCAUCUGCUUCAUAUAAUUAUUAUAUCGGGUACUGACAUUGUCCGGCAGAUAUUUGAUGAAGCUAUGCCACCCCAUCUUUUGAAAAAAGAGCUUCUUAUACACAAGAAUGUGCUGGAAUCCUACUACAAUCAUCUUUGGACCAAUCACCCUUUGGGUGGAUCAUGGCAUCUGCUUUAUCCCCCAAACAAGGAGCUACCACAAUCCAAACAAUUUGACUUAUGCCUUCUAUUAGCUCUCAUAAAACAUUUGAAUGUAUUCCCUGCACCUAAAAAAGGCUGGAGUAUGGAACCACCAUCUUGUGAUCUCUCUAAGUCUGCAGACAUCCUGAGGCUGUGCAAAUACAGGGAUAUCCUCCUUAGUGAGAUUUUGAUGAAUGGUCUCACAGAGUCACAAUUCAAUUCCAUUUGGAGAAAAGUUUCAGAUAUUCUUCUACGCCUUGGGAUGAAGCAAGAGGAUAUUGACAAAGUGAAGGAGAAUCCCAUUGAGAAUAUUUCCCUUGAUUACCAUCAGCUAUCCAUUUACCUAGGCAUACCAGUACCAGAAAUCAUCCAGAGGAUGUUAUGUUGCUAUCAACAAGGAAUUGCUCUACAAUCAAUAACAGGCAGUCAACGUAUUGAAAUAGAAGAAUUACAGAAUGAGGAAGAAGAAUUAAGUCCACCUCUCAUGGAGUAUAAUAUAAAUGUGAAAUCAAACCCUGAAAUACAGUUAGCAGAAAUGAAUAAAGAUGGAGCCUCGAUACCCAGUGAAUCUUCAACAGAAUCUGUUAAAGAUCUCCAGGAAGUUAAGAGUAAAUCAAAGAAAAAGAAAAAGACUAAGAAUAAAAAGAAUAAGGAAUCAAAAGAAGAGCAAGUACCAUAUAUGGUAGAAAGAGAAGAGCACUUGAAAGAACAAGCAAAUCCAUACCCAGUCAGUAGAUUUAUGAAAGAGGAUGCAAGUGAUGUUCAAGAAGAUUCUGCAACUGAAGACAAGUUCUAUAGCCUGGAUGAAUUGCACAUUCUGGACAUGAUAGAGCAGGGUUCAACUGGCAAGGUAACUGCAGACUAUGGAGAAACUGAAAAGGAAAGGCUUGCUUAUCAACGGCAGCUUUAUAAAUUGCACCAUCAGUGUGAAGAUUUCAAAAGACAGUUGAAGACAGUAACUUUUCGAUGGCAAGAAAACCAAAUGCAGAUUAAAAAGAAAGACAAAAUCAUCGCAUCUCUUAACCAACAAGUGGCUUUUGGAAUCAAUAAGGUUUCCAAAGUACAGCGUCAAAUUCAUGCUAAAGAUAAUGAAAUCAAGAACCUUAAAGAGCAACUUUCCAUGAAAAGAUCUCAGUGGGAAAUGGAGAAACAUAAUCUGGAAAGCACAAUGAAAACAUACUUAAAUAAACUGAAUGCAGAAACUAGCAGAGCUUUAACAGCAGAGGUAUAUUUCUUACAGUGUCGUAGAGAUUUUGGUUUGCUUCAUCUAGAGCAGACUGAAAAGGAGUGUCUCAGUCAGCUUGCCAGGGUUACUCACAUGGCAGCAAGCAACCUAGAAUCACUUCAAUUGAAGGCUGCAGUAGAUAGUUGGAAUGCCAUUGUGACGGAUGUUAGAAACAAGAUUGCAUUUCUCAGGGCACAGUACAAUGAACAAAUCAACAAGGUGAAGCAAGGGUUUGCCUUGAGUACCUUGCCUCCAGUACAGCUUCCUCCACCACCACCCAGUCCUGAGAUACUGAUGCAGCAGUUCUUAGGAAGACCUCUUGUGAAAGAAUCUUUCUUUAGACCCAUCCUUACUGUUCCUCAAAUGCCUGCAGUUUGCUCUGGAGUUAUCUCUUCAGCUGGGCAAACUAGAGCCCCUGUGAUGGCUGGCAUAGCCUGGACUGUGCCAGCGCCUGUGGGAGAGGCUGUGCCUCCCAGUGCAGGUCUGGGAAGUGAUCCCUCCAUGAUGAAUUGGGAGAGGAUUACAGACAGGCUGAAAACUGCCUUUCCACAACAGACCAGAAAGGAACUUACAGAUUUCUUAAGAAAAUUAAAGGAAGCUCAUGGAAAGUCUUUAUCUGGACUGACAUUUGAUGAAAUUGUUUACAAGAUUUCCCAAUUUAUUGAUCCCAAGAGAUCUCAGAAUCAAGGAAAAUCAGUGCCAAAUGGUAAUUGUGUUUCACCCAGCCAUUCUCCAUCACAGCCUAAUAAUACCCAGUCCCCCAAACCAGCCUGGAGGCCUCUCAGUUCACAAGGUUCUGCCACAUGGGAAGGAGCCAAUAAUUUGGAUGAUGAGGAGGAAGAAGAAGAAGAGCCUUGUGUGAUCUGUCAUGAGAAUCUGUCUCCAGAAAACCUUUCAGUUUUGCCUUGUGCUCACAAAUUCCACUCUCAGUGCAUUAGACCAUGGUUGAUGCAACAGGGGACGUGCCCAACCUGCAGACUCCAUGUUUUGCUACCAGAAGAAUUCCCUGGUCACCCCAGCCGACAGUUGCCCAAGGUCUGAUACAAGGAGUGUAACUGUACAGGAAAUUUAGUUUUCAGGCUUUGGGAUUUAGUUCUGCCUUCUGUUAUGAGCUGAUUGUAUGAAUGGUGUGAAGCAGUAUGCUUUUCAGUUCUGUGCUGAAGAAGCACAUCAGAGUGGCAACCAAAGAGGUCAGUAUGAAUCUCAGGACUUGUGAACUGAAGUGAAAGGGCUUAAAGUUAAAGAAAAUGAAAUUUUGUUAGUGACAUAUUUGCUCUUAAUAGGUUUUUUCUUUUAAUGUAAACAUAAUAGCUGUUAAUACAUUUCUUAGAAUGUCUUUUCUUGUCUUUUUUUCCUUCUUAUUCUAUUCAUCCUUUACUUUGCCUCAAGUAUGCUACAUUUAAUUUCCUGAAAGAAAUUUAAGCAAGAGGGAAAGUGGAAUAGUAAAGAUGAGAAGGAAGACAAUUCCACAGAUUUUAGUGUUACUUUAGCUACAAAAAAUAUAAUUGAAUUAUUUAAAUUUAAUCUCUAUCUUACCCAUUCUUUUCUGUCUUCUAAAAUAUGUACCCAUGAGAUUUUGGGUUACUUGAGGGUAGAAACCAUACAGUAGUAUGUUGGAGCUGGCUUAUAAUGGCUUAUGAGAGCCGACUGUUAAAAUUUCAGGGUUUUUCGAGCCAGUUGUCAAAUCGUUGCUAGCUUGGAGUCUGCCAUAGUGGGAAUAUUUAUACCAUAGAAAUUCUUCCCCCCAAGGACUGGUUAAACAUUUACCAGUGUACUACUGGAGCAUGUCUGAUCCUUUUUUGUGUUCCCAAUUUCUUCACAGUAGGUACAGAAUAAAUAUUCCCAGAAUCAGAAAUCAGGAAGUAGUAAGAAAAGGAAGUAAUAUGUAAAUUAAGUCACAUGCUCAGUUGAAUAAUUGAUAUCUUAUGUUCAUUUGUAAACAUGCUCUUUGGACCUUAAUCAUUUGCAUUUUGGAGAGAUUUUUUUUUUUCUUCUUCUGCUUUUAAAAGUUUCUAAUUUCACUUUCUCAGGGGAGUGGGAGAAACUAUUUGUAUGUAGUUGCUUCUUGUGACAAAGUCAAUACCCACUGGGCUAAAUUGCAUAUCUAAAGCUCGUCACUGAGAACUUUUGUUCUUAGAGGUCAAAAACCUAUUUUGAAAAUAGUGUUGUAUAAAUGCUGUAAGUGUUGUACAUGCCUCUAGUUUCAAAAUUAAAGGUAUUCAGAGUUACCUUGUGAGACAUUGUUCCUUGGUUCAUACUCAGUCUCGAUUUCGUUUAAAUUAUGGAAAAGAAUUAAUGUUUCCUGACUCAGCUACUAUUUUAUCUGUAUAUUUCAGUGUAAAUGUAUUUUGAAGUUACUUUAAAUCUCUAUUUAAAACCCCAAUUUCUGUAAUUGUAUGCUAAAUGUUUUCUUCUAUAUGUAAUGAGAAUAUAAUGGAAAAUGUGAGAAAAAACCUCCAAAAACCAUGGCAGUCAUUUAGACAUGUAAAAUGCCAAGAAUGUCUUGGAAUUGCAGAAUUCAGAACUUAAGAGUCUUUAAUCAUCGUCUUGUCUAGCACCUCAAGGUCAUGGUCAUAUAUAACAAGUUACCUUGUAAAACAAAUGUUUCUUAGUUCAUGUUUACAAUUACAGUUUCACUUUCAUGUGGAAAAGA